AUGGAAGAAGUCCCCAUAAUCAGGUGUAUGGGGCUGAACUAUCGCGAUCAUGCCCUCGAGGCCAACAUGGACAUCCCCGAGGUUCCAGUCCUCUUCGUCAAGCCGAGGACAGCUCUAGCGGGACCAUAUCCUGCGCCCAUCAACGUUCCUCGGUUUUCCCAGGACUCUACGAGUGACUACGAAGCAGAGCUCUCCGUAGUGCUUUCCAAGUCUGGCCGAGACAUACCGGAGAGCGACGCCAUGGACUACGUCCUUGGUUUAUGA